AUGUUAGCCAUAGUUAAUACGUUGCAAAGGAAAGGAAAGAUGCUGAGUCCAGCUCUUCAACUUCCCCUGCUAUGGAAGCAAAUAAAUUGUUUGGUUCCAUUCGCAGGCCCAGGAAUACAGCUACAGGCGCAACUGCUCUGUCUCAACACUCCUCACAUGCCUGCAUCGUUCAGCCCUCCAAUGUCAGGAACCACUUCCGACAGUGGUAGUCUGUCGGACACUGGUGGAGGCUACUCUAACAACAACUUCCUUUCACGAGAAGACGCACUCGUCGGCGUCGAUGCAAGGCAUUCCCGUAGUGACAAUCACGGACAUCGACGCAAUGCCUCGUCGGCCGAUUUGACACCCGCUUUCGCAGACUUCAACACAUCCACCAGUUUUGAGGACUCGUUCAGCUUAGCUGCAAAACCUAGUAUCCCUGCGACACCCUAUACACCCUCAUUUGCAGCCUUAGCCGGUUCAUAUCACAAUUAUCCCUUGGGGUCGGACUUGGGCAACGAGUUCCCUCAGCCUUCUACCAACCCGGACACGUACACUACCGGCACCGAAGGACACUUCGGCAACAUCGAUAUCUCCGUCUGUCCACCUGAUUUCGCUGCUGACGACUACGAUCCGAUUGAACAUCCCGGCCCAGAUAGCUCCUUCCUCUUUCACCUUGGUCCCUCGGGAGGAUUGGGCAUGACGAGUGCUGGUGGAGGCCAUCAAAGCUCGAGCGUCAUUACCCUCACUCUGCACCAGCAGCAACUGGUCAACAUCAUCAACGCACCGAGGCCGUACCAAUGCAAUGGUUGUAAACGCACUUUCGCUCGUAUGGAUGCUCUCAACAGGCACUUGCGCUCUGACGAAGGAACGGAGUGCCAGGCACAACAGCCCAUUCUGACAUUAGACACACCAAACACCCCCGUUGCGUCGGCUGGGAUGCAGAGCAAUCUAGCAAUCAGAACGGAGACAUAUGGGUUCAUUGCUUAG